AUGAGAAUUGAACUUCCUCAGGAGAAAAAGAUUGCGGUACGAAAGCAAAUUGAAAGUCUUAAGACAAAAAAGAUGUCAAAAAUUCGUGAUUUUGCUAAGGUUGUUGGAUCGGUGUGGCUGAAGGCUUUGCCAAAGGCUAGUAGAAAAGUGAGGAGCAGUCGGUAUGUAAGAACAAUCUAUUCAGAUUCUUCAAUGUCUGGAUGGGGUGCGUAUUGCAAUGGUGAGACCGCCAAUGGACUGUGGAAUCAAGAGGAGAAGGAUCUUCACAUAAAUCAUUUGGAGCUUAAGGCAGCUUUUUUGGCAUUAAAAUGCCUCGCAGCUGAUCUAAGGGAUUCAGAUGUUCUGCUUAUGGUCGAUAAUACUACGACGUUAGCCUAUAUCAAUCGGAUGGGAGGCGUCCGUUAUUCUGCUCUCCAUAAGCUCGUCAGUUAUGGGUUUAUGCUUCAGUAUGCAUUCAGAAGAAUUACGGUGAAAUUUGGAAACCUGGAGAUAGAUUUAUUUGCUUCGCGCAUAAAUGAUAAGUGUGCUACCUAUUGUUCUUGGAAAAGAGAUCCUGGAGCUUUUGCCUUUGAUGCAUUUACAAUCUGUUGGUCUGAUUGGGUGUUUUAUGCUUUUCCUCCUUUCUCGAUAAUCACUAAAGUGAUUAAGAAAAUCAGAGAUGAUAGGGCAGAAGGCAUUUUAGUUGUUCCUUAUUGGCCGACUCAGGUUUGGUUCCCAGCCUUCAAAAUGUUAUCAGUAGGAGAUUGGAUCCGGUUUGAUGUUGAUCCUAAUAUAUUGGUUUCUCCUUGUAGGACACGUCAUCAUCCGCUGGCGGAGAAGCUUAUCCUGGUUGCCGCCAGGUUUGACGAUGGUAUUGGGCACAGUACAUUGAAUUCCGCUAGAGCGGCAUUGUCUUUAAUAUCGAGUGAGGAUGUUACAAACAAUCAGCUGAUAAGCCGUUUUAUCAAAGGAUCCUCGAAGAUAAGGCCCAGUUUGCCGACAUACAAAUCUACGUGGGACGUGGAUCCAGUUCUAAAGAAGUUGGCAGCAUGGUUUCCGCUAGAAGACUUAACUUUGAAGGAAUUGACAAGUAAGCUGGUCGUGUUGUUGGCGUUGGGUACCGCUCACCGUUCUCAAACCUUGGCAUUAAUUAAAAUUUCGAAUAUUAUUAUUUUGGAGCGUAAGAUUGAAAUACUUAUUCCUGAUAGGAUCAAAACUUCCCGACCAGGAGCUCCGCAACCGGUACUGAGGUUACCUUUCUUUCAUGAUCGGCCUGAAUUAUGUAUUGCGCAAACCUUAAAUCGGUAUUUAUCGGUGACGAAAAAUCUUCGAGGGAAUAUAGAUUCUCUUUUUAUCUCUUUCAACAAACCGCAAAAAGCCGUUACGAGUAAGACAAUCAGCCGUUGGAUAAGGUCAGCGUUAGAACACUUAGGAGUAGACAAAAGGUUUACUGCGCAUUCUACGCGACAUGCUUCAACCUCCAAAGCAUGUAAGAAAGUUGUAAGUAUCGCAGAAAUUAAAAAAGUGACUAGUUGGUCUCCUAAUUCAAAAGUUUUCGCAGAUUUCUACCAGCAACCAAUAAAUAUUGACAGCAAUAAUUUUACAAAUUCAGUAAUAUCAAUUGGUACAUCUGGAUAA